AUGAAAUGGUGGGAGAAUGUGAAACCAUGGGAGGACCUGCCCUCCCACUACAAAAUCAUGGACGAUGAAGUGAACGCAUUCAAUCGAAAAGCCUGCCGGGUCAAAAGGGCACUCCAUGUUUACACCCACCUUCUGACUGAGCAUGGUGAGACCCUGCUAAACCACAUCAUUGAGCUGGACAGCAUUGCAGACAAUCUGGAUAAGGUCUACAGGGGCGCCAAAAUCGCAGGAAUCACAGGGGGAGCCACAGGGGCAGUUGGAGGGGUGGCAGCUGUGGCUGGUGUCAUUCUAGCCCCUGUGACCAUGGGCGCCUCCCUGCUGGUGACAGCGGCCGGGGUGGGGGCAGUCGCGGCUGGAGGAUUGACAGGGGCAUCUGCGGUCAUCACUAACAAAGUGUGCAGCAGCAUGGACCGGAAGAAGGUGGAGAAUAUAGUGAAGGACUAUAUGGACAAGAUCAGGGAGAUUGACAAGUGCCUUAAGUUUAUCAGUGUAGGGAGGGAGCAGCUGAAGCGGCAUGAUCUCUCCAGGCUGCAAGGAGUUAACCCAGAGGCCAAGAAGGUGGCGAAGGUGGCAGAGAUGGCCUUCAGCAGCAGCGAUGUCAUGCAAGCCGCCAGCAUGUCUGGUGGAAUCUUGCAUGGAUUCGCCCUGGGCAUGGAAUUCUUCUUUGUUGAGGGUGAUGCCAACAAGCUUAAGAAAGGCACUGAAACAAAAUUUGCCAAAAAAAUUCGGAAAUUGACCCAAGAGCUGAAAGCUGGCCAGAAUGCACUGAUGAAGGUGAAACAAUCCUCCCUACAGGUGCUGACAGAACUUGAGCCAUGA